AUGGUUCCAGUGAUGCUGAACAUCUCUUCUCUGGCAGGAAACACACUGACACCUGAGGGGGAGUGCUACCAGCUGGGUACAGUUCAGGUCUCUCAGUCUUCCCCGGCUCUGAGCGGGGCGAGGGGCAGUUUGAAGGGGUUUUUCAGCAGCCUGCACGGCGGCGCUGACGGCCUUCGAUCCGUUGAUGAAAGGAGGAGGAGGAUGGAGAACGUCUCCUCGCACAAACAUUUCAUCCUGGAUGGUUUCGAUGACCUCGGAGCGCUGAGGCCCGUCCUCUUCAUCCCUUUCUUCAUCAUGUUUGCCGUGUCGCUGUCGGCCAACUCCCUGCUGCUGUACGUCAUCGUCUCUCAGAGGAGCCUCCACUCGCCGAUGUGCAUCCUCAUCGCCGGCAUGGCCUGCGUGGACCUGAGCCUCCCGCUGUUCUUCGUCCCCAACAUGCUGCUGAGCUUCCUGUUUGACUGGAGGGGAAUCUCUCUGAUUGGCUGCCUGGUUCAGAUGCACUUCAUUCACUUCGUUGGAGCUUUUCAGUCCACGUUGCUGGUAUGGAUGGCGCUGGACCGCUACUUCGCCAUCUGCACGCCGCUCUACUACCACGAACGCAUGGCGUUACCCAGAUUCCUCAAGUUUGUGAUCCCGAUUCUGAUCAGAAACUUCUUCCUGAACACACUCAUGGUGAGUCUGGCAGGAAAGUUGGCGUUCUGUGUUGGAAACAUGAUGAACCACUGUUUCUGUGAGCACAUGGCGUUGGUGAGGCUGGCCUGUGGAAGCACCGCCAUCAACAACCUGGUAGGGUUGCUGACCGCCUUCCUCAUCCCUGUGGCCGACUUCAUCUUCAUCGCUGCCUCUUAUGUGGUGAUCUUCAGCUCCGUGCUGAGGUCGGGCAGGUCAGGGGUCAAAGCGCUCCACACCUGCAUCACCCACAUCCUGGUCAUCACCGUCAGCCUGACCAUCGCACUCGUUGCUUUCCUGUCCUAUCGGAUCAGAAACGGUCUUCCUGAAGCCGUUCGGGUUUUCUUCAGCACCAUGUACCUGUUGUUCCCGAGCUGUUUCAACCCGAUCAUCUACGGGAUCAGAACCACAGAGAUCCGACAGCAGAUCCUGAGGACGCUGACGUGCUGUCGCUUUGUCCAGACUCUUAACUUUCUUUAA